AUGGCGUCAACACUCCGUAUUGUCUCGCGAGCUCUCCCGAGAGCUUCGGGUACACUGUGCAGAGCUACCUCUGCUGCUCCCGUCAGGGUCCUCGGUACUCCGUUAAGCCGUAGACACCUUUCGGGAACUGCUGCACGAUUCGAAAUCGUCAAACGUUACACCGAAGACCACGAAUGGAUCUCCUACGACACAGAGACCGGCGUCGGCACCAUCGGAAUCACAAACUACGCCCAAGAGAAACUCGGCGAAGUAGUCUUCAUCGAAUUGCCGGAGGUCGAUUCCACCGUCGAAGCCGAUGAUUCGAUAGGUGCCGUCGAGAGUGUCAAAUCCGCUUCGGAUAUCAUGUCCCCCGUUACCGGCGAGGUCAUAGAAGUCAAUGAUGCUUUGAGCGAGAAGCCCAAGUUGAUCAAUGAGGAUCCCGAAGGUGGGGAUGGCUGGAUUGUUAAGAUUAAUGUCGCUGAGGAAGAGGUUGAACGGUUGCAGGAGGAGUUGAUGGAUGAAGCUGCGUAUGAACGGUUUACUCAGGAGUAA